AUGUCAAAAAUAAUAACAUUAGAUAAUCGUGAAAAAUAUAAUAAAAUAUUUUCUGAUACUGUUAAUAUUUGUCUUGAAACAUUAAGUAAAGAUCAUUGUUAUCAUGUCAGUAGAUUGGGUUGUGGUGAAUUAAUUUCACCUUUAGUUGCUCGAUUGAGUAUCAAAUUAUCAGGAUAUUUAAAAGAAAUUAUUAACGAGAUUGAAAUGGAAUCAUGUGAUCAACCAGUUAUUAAAAUUGAUGAAGAUGGAAGCGUUGAAUUUAAUGAUGUCAAUGAUUUACGUAGACAGCUUAAUCCUUUGUUAAAUGUAACAAUGAAAAAAGGUCAAGCUCAGCAAAAUAUUGAAGCAUCAACAAAUGUGCACAAAGAUCCAAAUAAUUAUGUUGACAACAACAAAGCUGGAGGACAAUCUAGAUCAUCAACAAAUAAAAUUAAUUCAGUAGAGGCAAUAAAAAACAAAGACUCGGUUUCAAUAGAACUAAUAAAAAAAAAGACUUGUCCAAAAGCAAUACCAUUAAAAAACAUCUGUCAAAGUUCAAAUACAAUUAAUGUUGAUAAAGCUGAUGAUAAUAAAGUCUUGAAAAGAGUUAGUGUAAUCUCUUCAAGUAAUGGUGUUAAACAUACGCCAUUGCAUCAACAAAGCUCUUUAAAAUGCACCAGUGGACAGUCUGAAAUGACUCAAAUUAUUAACAUGUGUAGUUCUGAUGAUGAUGAUGAUGAAAUAACUAAGAAAAGAAAUAAUAGCAUGACAAAAAAUCAUGGACAAUCAGGCAAUAAAUUUAAAAAAUUUAGACCCAAUGACAAUGAUGAUAGCACAGUGAAAAUUGAUGAUUCAAUAAAAAACAAACUCAAAAAAGCUGCAAUAUAUAAUUCAAGCUUAACAUACAAAAAAUUAUUAAAAGCUAAAAAAAAAUUAAAAAUAAACGCUGCAGAUAAAUUUUGGCCAGUUGAUGAUCGCUUUCGUUUACCAAUUUGGAGAAAACAAUUUUGCGAAAAAUAUAAUAUAACUGGUAAACCAUCAGAUCGCGUAAUAAGCUAUUUUUGUAAAUGA